AUGGCUCCUCAACAGACUGUUCUCAUGCUGGGUGCUGGGUUCGUGACCCGCCCUACGCUCGACAUUCUCACGGCCGCGGGCAUUCCCGUCACCGUUGCCUGCCGCACGCUCGAGUCGGCCAAGAGCCUGUCCGCCGGCGUCAAGAACGCCACGCCCAUCUCCCUCGACGUGACCGACGACAAGGCGCUCGACGCCGAGGUGGCCAAGCACGACCUCGUCAUCAGCCUGAUCCCCUACACCUUCCACGCGACCGUCAUCAAGUCGGCCAUCCGCCAGAAGAAGAAUGUCGUCACCACCAGCUACGUCUCCCCCGCCAUGAUGGAGCUGGACCAGGCGGCCAAGGACGCCGGCAUCACCGUCAUGAACGAGAUUGGCCUCGACCCGGGCAUCGACCACCUGUACGCCGUCAAGACCAUUGACGAGGUCCACCGCGCCGGCGGCAAGAUCCUGUCCUUCCUGUCCUACUGCGGUGGCCUGCCCGCCCCCGAGGCCUCGGACAACCCGCUCGGCUACAAGUUCUCGUGGUCCUCGCGCGGCGUGCUGCUGGCCCUGAGGAACGCGGCCAAGAUCUACCAGGGCGGCAAGAUUGUCGACAUCGCCUCCAAGGACCUCAUGGGCACCGCCAAGCCCUACUUCAUCUAUCCGGGCUACGCCUUCGUCGCCUACCCCAACCGCGACUCGACGCCGUACAAGGAGCGCUACAACAUCCCCGAGGCGCAGACCAUCAUCCGCGGCACCAUGCGGUACCAGGGCUUCCCGCAGUUCAUCCGCGUGCUGGUCGAGACGGGCUUCCUCGAGGACACGCCCAACGACGUGCUGAGCAAGCCCGUGGCGUGGAAGGAGGCCACCAAGGCCAUCAUCGGCGCGUCGUCGUCGAGCGCCAGCGACCUCGAGGCGGCCGUCGUGGCCAAGUCGACGUUCGACUCGGAGGAGGACAAGCAGCGCAUCCUCAGCGGCCUGCGGUGGAUCGGCAUCUUCUCGGACGAGAAGAUCACGCCGCGCGGCAACCCGCUCGACACGCUGUGCGCCGAGCUGGAGAAGAAGAUGCAGUUCGAGGAGGGCGAGCGCGACAUGGUGAUGCUGCAGCACAAGUUUGAGAUUGAGCACAAGGACGGCUCGCACGAGACGCGCACCUCGACGCUGGUCGAGUACGGCGACCCCAAGGGCUACUCGGCCAUGGCCAAGCUGGUCGGCCUGCCCUGCGCCGUCGCCGUCCAGCAGGUGCUCGACGGCACCCUGUCGGAGAAGGGUGUCCUGGCCCCCAUGACGCCCAAGAUCAACAACCCCAUCAUGAAGGAGCUCAAGGAGAAGUACGGCGUCGAGAUGAAGGAGAAGACUAUUGUGUAA